CGUCGGUAUCAAAACAUUCUAGGAGAAGGCUCGUUCCCUUUCCGGUGGACAUGCCACCGUUAUCUUUCUCUCGUCUCGGGAAGUCCUUGCCAUUCUCCAGGCUCUUCAGGCAGCUUGAGCAAGAGAUGGAAACUGUGAUAAAGGUGCUGCAGCCCGGACCACUGGGAAUUAUAGAACACAAAUUCCCUGCUGAAGCAAUACAUGAGGCACAUGCUACAGUUCGUAAAGCAGUUGAGAAUUGGCAGAGUAAUGCAAAGCUAGAGCAGAGAACCCAGGUCUUGAAAGACUAUGUCAAUUAUUGAAGCUGUAAGGAACAUGUGUGAUGUUUUGUCAUGGAUGCUAAUUAUAUAAACUCUUCUCUAUGCUUCCUUAAAGUCAUGAUAUUCCACCCCCCCCCCCCCCCCCCCCCCCCCCCCCCACGGCAUCGUUUAUUAAUACCUGUUGCUGCAAUAAUUUUCUUCUCGGUUUCCUUUGUUAUUCUAUGAUGUGGGAUGAAGUUCCUUUUUUUUUUUUGAGUGAUUAGGAAAGCCUCUUGCGUUAUUCUUGACAACUGAAAGUUUUUGUAAUUGAAUAUUUGUCUUUAUAUUGACAAAUAUGGUAUUAAUUAAGGCCUUUUUUACCAUUUA